AUGGCCUUUAGGGGGCCGGAGCCCCGGGUCCCUGCGUCCCUGCUAAGCCAGAGGCUGAAGGCCGAAGAGAAGACACUGAACCUGUAGUUCGAGGUCUUCAGCGUGGGGUUUAAUGAGGCCGGCAGAUACGCCCUUCAGCUCUCCGCUGAGAACUCCCUGCAAGCCAGCUCCGGGGCUGGGGUGCAGUUACAAGUGAAUGAUGGGGACCCCUUUCCUGCCUACCCUGCUGUCACCAGUGUGAUUGAGCAGCAGGAUCCCGGCCAGAGCCUUGCCCUCACCAGGAACAAGUUUGUCUUCACCUUGCCCAAAGGUUUCUGCAAGAAUGACAGGCAUCAUGAUGCACAGCUUCGGGUGGAGACGCUGAGGCUGGAUGGGGCCUCAGGAAGGACAGCCCAGCUGGUGGGCGAAGCCAUCUUCCCCAUCUACCCGCGCCCAGACCAACCCCGCAUGAACCUCGAUGCUCAGGAGCACGAGGACCUGUAUCGCUACCGUGGCACCCUGGCUCUGCUCCGGGCCAGCGCAGACCCCACUGCCCGCCACUGCGGGGACCUGGCCUACAGCGUGGCCUUCCAUGUGCACCGGGCCACGAGGCCGCCCACCUCAAACUGCCCUCCAGGGGCCGGCCAGCCAGAGCUGAUGGACCCACAGGAGCCCCUGGACACCUCUCAGAACAUGGAGUCUGGCAUCAGCCACCUGUCCCCCUCUAAUAAGGAGACCAUCGUGAUCACUGUCCAUGGAGCUAUCAACCUACCUGCCCGCAAGGAUGGCUCAGAGCCAUGGCCCUAUGUGAUAGUGAAAACCACAUCCAAGGACUCACAGAGCAAGAACUCCAAGGCAGUCACAUCUGUGACCUUGGAGCCCACCAGAGCCCCCAUCUGGGGGGACACAGUGAAAGUAGAGAUCCAAGCUGAGGACGCCGGGCGAGAAGAUGUGGUGCUCAAGGUGAUGGAUAACAAAAAGAAAGAGGAGCUGCUGUCCUACCAAAUCCCCAUUAAGUACCUGCGUGUCUUCCACCCCUACCACUUUAAACUGGUGAAGCCCACCCAGUCUGGGAAAUCUGGUGAAGCCACUGCCGAGACCCAGCUGUUCGCGACAGUCAUACGGAGGGGCAGCUUCAUUCCCCGCUACAUCGGCUGCAAGCACACGGCUCUGGAGGUCUUUCUCCGGGGAGUCAAUGAGCCCCUGGCCAACAACCCCAGCCCCAUGGUGGUGAUUGCCCGAGUAGUUCCCAACUACAGGGAGUUUAAGUUCAGCCAGAUAAACCAAGACCCAGCAUUCCUGGGGCUCCCCAUCACCCUCCUAUCCUUCCCUAUCUCGUCGGUGAUGAACUUUGAUGUUCCUCGGGUCAACCAGAAUGGAUGCCCUCAGCUGACCAAGCCCGGGGGACCCCCAGAGCAGCCCGUGUGGAAUCAAUCCUUCCUCUUCCAAGGCUGUGGCGGAGCCACCAACUUCUCAGAAGACACAGCCCUGGUUCUGGAGUACUACUCGUCGUCAUCAAUGAAAGGCAGCAAGCCGUGGACCUUCAGCCAGCCCCUGGGCAUCUCCGUGUUGCCGCUCAAGAGUCGUUUGUACCGCAAAAUGCUGGCCGGGAAGGGCCUGAGUGCGCUGCGCGUGGAGCGGCUCCCCAUCACUGACACCAACCUGAAAACCAUAGAUGGUGAGGCCCCCACCGUGGAUCUCUCCUUCCAGCUGCAUUCCUCUGAGAGGCCAGAAGACUUCCUGACAUCAAACAACAGCAAGGCUCUACCCAUCCUGGAUCCCAAGAUCCUGGAUGAGAAUCUAGGUAGCAUCCGUGAAUCCUGGUCAAAGUCCUCGGAGAGCUCCACAGUGGACUCCAGCACAUCCAUCCUUCAGGAAGCAGAGCCAGAGAUGUCCAAUGAAAAGGAGAUGAGCAACUACCGGCAGGCCAUGCAGAAGAUGGCCGAGGACAUCCUUUCUCUGCGGAAGCAGGCCGGCAUCCUGGAGGUCGAGAACCGCAAGCUGAGGAGCCACCUGUACCAGCAGGAGGCAGAGGACGAGCAGGACCAAGCCGACAAGGUCCAUGGUGAGGUGUCCAUGAAGCAGAAACUGCUGCUGAGUGAGGUGGAUAUGAAGAAACUGAGAGACAAGGUGCAGCAUUUGCAGAAUGAGCUGAUUCGAAAGAAUGAUCGAGAGAAGGAGCUGCUCCUUCUACAUCAGGCUCAGCAGCCACAGGCUGUGCUGCUGAAGAAGUACCAGGACAGACUGCAGAAGAUGAAGGCCCUGGAGGAGACCGUGCGGCACCAGGAGAAGGUGAUCAAGAAGAUGGAGCGGGUCCUGGAGGACAAGCUGAGAGACACGAAUGAGCCUGUCCUAAACAGGCUGCAGGGAAAGCCCACUGUGGGAUUCCCCACACUCUCAGCCUCUGGCCUUCAGCCGGGGCCUGGUGACCUAUACUCAGCGCUGCUGGCGGAAAACUCAAGGCUGCGGGCAGAGCUGGAUAAGACCCGCCAGCGGUCAGCUCCCAUCAUCCUGCAGCAGCAGGCCCUUCCGGAUCUCCUUGCCAAUUCUUCAGACAAGUUUAACCUCAUGGCCAAGCUGGAACGAGCUCAGAGCCGGAUCCUGUCCCUGGAAAGCCAGUUAGAGGACUCAGCCCGACGCUGGGGACAGGAGAAGCAGGACUUGGCCAUACGGCUGCAGGAGCAAGAGUAUGGCUUCAGGCACCCCUCAAAAGCUAUCCUCACAGACGUGCCAAGCCCCCCAGCCCACUCCAAGGACCACAGGCGACCCUCAAAGCAGGACCCGUUGCUGCCCAGCUCAGAGACUAAUCUCAACCAGCCCUCGACCUCCCAGAAGGAGACCACUAAGUCCCAGGAGACGCAGACCUGA